AAUGUUAAUUUUUAAAGCAUUCUGAGAUACUUUGUACACAUUUUAGGUAAAGAAACAUGCAGAGGUAAUAUGAUUUGCUCUAGGCCAGAGUGGCAAAAAUUAAAAGAAGUCCAUCUCAGAGACUUCUGGAUUUAGUUAAUACUGGAUAGUUUUAAGAGGUUAUGAAUUUCUGAAAUUAUGUAAUACAAAUUAUGUAGUCUGAGAGAAGGGAUUCAAGCAGAAAAGCACUGCAAGACUGUAACAGUGUCUUUGGUUGUUGGUUUGUUUGUUUAUUUGUUUUAUUUCAGAAGGCUGAGACCAAAGAGGAAUUUGUUAAAGUUAGAAGGAGGGAUUUGGAAAGGCUGACAACUGAGGUUAUGCAACUGCGGGAUUUCUUACCCAAAAUAGUAAAUGGGGAUAUCCUAGGGACGUUCCAGAAACUGGAUGCUAUUGAAUCAAACAUGGAGAAAAAGGAGGAGGAAAUAGAGCAGCUGAAAAUGGAUUGUGAACACUUCAAAGCCCGUCUGGAAACAGCCCAGACUGAUUGCAUGAGAGAGAAGAAGGAGAAACUAGACCUCCGCCAGCAGCUGAAUGAGGCCAAGCAGCAGCUCCUGCAGCAAGCAGAAUAUUGCACAGAAAUGGGUGCAGCGGUGUGCACACUGUUGUGGGGUGUAUCUAGCAAUGAGGAAGCUGUUAAAACCAUUCUAGGAGGAGUAAGUAUGCCAGAUGUGGCUGCGCUGGCAUGUGGCCGUGAGUUCUUGGUUAGUUCAAGUCGUGAAUUACUGGACACAAUGAUGCACCUCCUGGGAAGCAUGAAGCCAGGACUCUGUACCAAAUUUAAAGUGCUAAUGUUAAUGUCACUUUACAAUGUGAGUAUCAACUUGAAAGGCUUGAAGUACAUCAGUGAAAGUCCAGGUUUUAUUCCUUUGCUUUGGUGGCUAUUGAAUGACCCGGACACAGAAGUUUGUCUUCAUGCUCUGAGGCUCCUCCAGUCUGUGAUUCUGGAGCCAGAAGUAUUAGCCAAGUCAGCCUCUGAGAUGCGUGAUACUUUGCCAUUUCAGCGUAUCAUUGCACUGUCAAAGAGCCGCAAUGCAGAUCUGCAAGCACUUGCAAAAGAACUACUUGAAGAUCUUAAAAUACUUGAGUAUGAAGGAUAGAAGAGCUCUAUGACACCAACUGCUUACGUCUUUCCUAUAUUUUUAUGCUGCAAGCAUUGUUGGAGAUGGGCUUGAGUGACAAAACCUCUGCCUAAGUUCCUCUGACAAAGUCCUUUUUGGAAAUUAGGUAACCCAACUAAAAUAGUACUUGAGAAAAGUGUUGGGUAUUAGCUGCCCAAAUAUAGUCUUAGAUGGUCUGGUAGAGAUGGGGCAGACUUAAUUUCUUUGAAUAGGAUUUUGUUGAUAAUGGGUUUCCAAAAUGAUCCAGGUUAAGUUGUCUAUUUGCCAUAUAUAGGCAGUAAAGUAGUCAUUCAUUGAUAAUAUAUAGUUUAUUGCAGUGCGAAAUAAUCCUUUUGGUCCAUCCUUAAGAAUUACUGUGCUGUGAGGAAUUACUGUGAGAAUUACUGUUGCUUUUCAUACUCUUCCGUGUCAGAAUGCGUCCCAAGUUCCAGCCUUGUUGUUGUUCUUGCUCACCUCUUUUUCUAUUCUAA